GCCUGUUGUUGACUAACACUAACAGAUGAGCAACGAACUGGCAGCAAUGGGGCCUGGAGCUUCAGGGGACGGGGUCAGGACUGAGACAGCUCCAAGCGUAGCACAAGACUCCAGAGUUGGUCUGCACGCCUAUGACAUCAGCGUGGUGGUCAUCUACUUUGUCUUCGUCCUUGCCGUGGGAAUCUGGUCAUCCAUCCGUGCAAACCGAGGGACCAUUGGUGGCUACUUCCUGGCCGGGAGGUCCAUGAGCUGGUGGCCAAUUGGAGCAUCUCUGAUGUCAAGCAAUGUGGGCAGUGGCUUAUUCAUCGGCCUGGCUGGGACAGGGGCUGCCGGAGGCCUCGCCGUGGGUGGCUUCGAGUGGAACAUGAGGAAAUCAAGGUCUGGAGGAGACAGAGGGAUCCAUGCAAGGUCACACGGGAGGACUGGGGUCAGGUCCCAGGCAACCUGGCUGCUCCUGGCCCUCGGCUGGGUCUUCGUCCCUGUGUACAUCGCAGCGGGUGUGGUCACAAUGCCACAGUACCUGAAGAAGCGAUUUGGGGGCCAGAGGAUCCAGGUGUACAUGUCUGUCCUAUCUCUCAUCCUCUACAUCUUCACCAAGAUCUCGACUGAUAUCUUCUCUGGAGCUCUCUUCAUCCAGAUGGCAUUGGGCUGGAACCUGUACCUCUCCACAGGGAUCCUGCUGGUGGUGACUGCCAUCUACACCAUUGCAGGGGGCCUCACGGCCGUGAUCUACACAGAUGCUCUGCAGACGGCGAUCAUGGUCGGGGGAGCCCUGGUCCUCAUGUUUCUGGGCUUUCAGGAUGUGGGCUGGUACCCAGGCCUGGAGCAGCGGUACAGGCAGGCCAUCCCUAAUGUCACAGUCCCCAACACCACCUGUCACCUCCCACGGCCCGAUGCCUUCCACCUGCUUCGGGACCCUGUGAGCGGGGACAUCCCUUGGCCAGGUCUCAUUUUCGGGCUUACAGUGCUGGCCACCUGGUGUUGGUGCACAGACCAGGUCAUUGUGCAGCGGUCUCUCUCGGCCAAGAGUCUGUCUCAUGCCAAGGGAGGCUCCGUGCUGGGGGGCUACCUGAAGAUCCUCCCCAUGUUCUUCAUCGUCAUGCCUGGCAUGAUCAGCCGGGCCCUGUUCCCAGACGAGGUGGGCUGCGUGGACCCUGAUGUCUGCCAAAGCAUCUGUGGGGCCCGAGUGGGAUGUUCCAACAUUGCCUACCCCAAGCUGGUCAUGACUCUCAUGCCUGUUGGUCUGCGGGGCCUGAUGAUUGCCGUGAUCAUGGCCGCCCUCAUGAGCUCACUCACCUCCAUCUUCAACAGCAGCAGCACCCUGUUCGCCAUUGACGUGUGGCAGCGCUUCCGCAGGAAGGCAACAGAACAGGAGCUGAUGGUGGUGGGCAGAGUGUUUGUGGUGUUCCUGGUUGUCAUCAGCAUCCUCUGGAUCCCCAUCAUCCAAAGCUCCAACAGUGGGCAGCUCUUCGACUACAUCCAGGCUGUCACCAGUUACCUGGCCCCUCCCAUCACCGCUCUCUUCCUGCUGGCCAUCUUCUGCAAGAGAGUCACAGAGCCCGGAGCUUUCUGGGGCCUCAUGUCUGGCCUGGGAGUGGGGCUUCUGCGCAUGAUCCUGGAGUUCUCAUAUCCAGCGCCAGCCUGCGGGGAGGUAGACCGGAGGCCAGCAGUGCUGAAGGACUUCCACUACCUGUACUUUGCACUCCUCCUCUGCGGGCUCACUGCCAUCGUCAUCAUCAUGGUCAGCCUCUGUACCACUCCCAUCCCCGAGGAACAGCUCACACGCCUGACAUGGUGGACUCGGAACUGCCCCCUCUCUGAUCUAGAGAAGGAGGCCCACGAGGGCACACUGGAGAUAUCCGAGAUACCAGCCGGGCAGUGCCCCGCAGGAGGUGGAGCAGCGGAGAACUCGAGCCUGGGCCAGGAGCAGCCUGAAGCCCCAAGCAGGUCCUGGGGAAAGUUGCUCUGGAGCUGCUUCUGUGGGCUCUCUGGAGCACCGGAGCAGGCCCUGAGCCCAGCAGAGAAGGCUGCGCUAGAACAGAAGCUGACGAGCAUUGAGGAGGAGCCACUCUGGAGACAUGUCUGCAACAUCAAUGCUGUCCUCUUGCUGGCCAUCAACAUCUUCCUCUGGGGCUAUUUUGCAUGAUUCCCCAGACCUGGCUUCAGUGUAAACAGACUAACAAAGCUCAAGUCUGUCAGCCACAGAAACAGGCUCUCCUCUUACUUUGCUGUCUAAACUGGAGACCACAGAAGUCAAGACUGCAAGAUCCCCUGAGGAGAAUCCAACUCAACCUGCACACUUGACGAGUGGAGAAACAGAAGCCCAGAGAGAGCACUGGGUUUGUUCAGGGCCACCCAGCAGGAGUCACACGGGGUUUCCCCACUCUUUCUGAUACAUUGCCUUACAGACCUACCUCAAACACACUGUUUCCAUCCUCUUGUUGAAUGUAUUCAGUAGCUUUACUGAAUGUGUGUCUUGAGGUUAGAAAAGUGGAGGAUACAAGAAAAGGAGCAGCAAGAAAUUUGCAAAAAUCCAAGAGCACUUUUGCUCCCCGUUAUCCUCCUUCCUCUUCCCCUUUCUGGCUCCCCUACCUCUCUAUCUUUCUAUUCUUACCAAUAAUCUGUUUGUAGCAUGAAUUUACCCAGGAGGGUCCUAUAUUUCCAUUGGUGGCUCCACAGUGGUGGCUGUCAGACCCGAAGGAGUGGGGAGCCAAGGGUGGACUUUAAGCAUGGUGACAGAUGGUGUUUUGGGCAGAAAGCUCUUGGACAAGGGACUAUCCAAAGCACUAUUUAAAUUCUGCCUCUUCCUACUCUCUAGCCCAAAUAUGCACAAAAUCUCUAUGGCCUUGAAAAACAGAGAGACAUGACUUGUGAAAACCACGAGGAAUCAAGACAUGUUACUCUGUAUUUAAGGAUAAGCCCCACAGUGGGCAGCACAAACAGCCUGGGAGCCACUGUGCCUGUGCCUCUCUGUCCUUCUCCCUUUGCUUGCCGUGUAUCUGCAUACCUUGGAAUACACUGUGACCCCAGUUAAGUGUCCCUUCGCCAGGAAGCUGCCGCAAUGUCCAAACCUGGGUCAAGGUCCCACGCCUGCUCCCAUAGCCCUGGACCUGCUUCUGUCACAGCACUGAUCACACCGAGAUGGAAGACUCCAGGGGGCAAGGACCAAGGGCCAUGUCCCAAGUGACUUUGUACCCAGAAAAUAACAGCUGUUCAAUAAGUGUGUAUUGAGUUAAUUAGUUCUCCAUGGUCCUGGUAGGCUUUGUGCUGCGGCUGGCUGGGUAGUAACUUGGGGUGUUAGCUGUUAGGGAUGAGUCUCCUUGACUUGGAGUUUAAGUAACUGAGUCUCAGACACCUAGAGUGAGAUCACAGCCCCAGUUUACUGACAGACACCAGGUGUGGGCGCGCCUUUCUUCUCCUAUCUCCCAGUUGAGGCUGCCCCUACUCUCAUCCAUUUAUACUGACUAGUAAUUACAACUGGAUAAAAAUAAAAUUCUAUUUCUUUGAGGUGUAGACACAGCAGAUUCCAUAAAUACCUCCUGUUGCUGCAGCCUCCAAAUUUUUGUUUCCAUUGACCUUGUGACCUUGCUUCUCACUUUAGUUGGCUCUGCCCUCUCUGUUGUUUCCCGUUAAUCCUUACUGAGAACUCAGUUUUCCUCUGAUUGCUCCCAAAACCUUUCACACUAGUAUUUGUGUGUGACAUAUUAUAUUGAAGGUUUGGGGAGAAGAAUUCUAAACCACAGAAGCACAAUCUAAAAUUGGAUACUGAAUAUCUUACUUUUAGAUGUUCCUCAGGAGCCUGCUCCCAGAAUUUCUCAGAGGUCUCUUCCUUAGUCUCCAACUUCCUGCCUUCUGCCUGGCUCUUUGUCCCCUCCCCCUUUGUAGAUUUGAGAGAUGUUUCUCCAUUCCUCCAAUCUUGGCCCUCCUCCUCCUCCUUUAUUGUCCUGAGCCUCUACUGAACUCCGGACGUAUCUCAUCUGACCCAAAGACAAGACAUGCUGUUGAAUACAGCAGGACUGCAGAAGGGUGGCCACUCCUCUUCCCUACCAUUUUGCCUGAUUAAUUCCUACUUGUUCUUCACAUCUCAGCUCAAAAGUCACAUCCUAAGUAAAGCCACACAGUCCUGGUAAUGAUCUAAGCACAGACACCUACAUCCCAAACAUGAACCCCUAACACCCAAGAUACAGUCUCAUGAUCCCCCAACUUUGCCUUCAAAGCAUAUGUCAGUGUAUACUACUAUAUUUGUGUGAUUCUUUCAUUAAUAGGCAUCUUUCCCUAGAUUGUGAGUUCCCUACUGAAUCCCCUUCACCUAGAUAGGUACCUGGCAUAUGGUGGGUACAAAAUUCUGUGUUAUAUGAAUAAGUGAAAGAAUAAAUGAAUGAAAUGAGUGAGUGAAAGGGUGCCCCUAGCAGAGGAAACCAAAGAUUAAAAACAAAAAGCUGGGAAAAAUCAUACAUAACUAGGGACAAAAAUAGUUUGAAAUGUCGGGAGUGGAAGAUACACGCGGACAGGACCGCUGCUAGUCCUUAUGCUUCAUUGUGAAACUGAGCAAAAGAUGCCUUUUUUCUUGGCAGAUACAGAUCCUCACUAUAGGGUGACAGGUGGCAGCCAGAGCCCAUGCUCACUUCAGCUCCCACAUGCCCCUAUUGGCCAGGUGUAUUUGUGCAGGGUACCACCUGCACAUGCAUGAGUGGUAGGCCUGCAUGUUGGAGAAUGUGUGGUGCAGUGACUGGGAGGUAAGCAGGUGAUAGCUCAGGAAGGAGGUUCCAUGCUAAACUUGGGACUUCAUCUCUUGUCUGGAUCAUUUCUACAGCCCCUUGAUUCUUAUCUCUCUUCCCAGUCUCUCUUCUUGCAAUUCAUCCUAUGCACUAUAGCAAGAAUGAUUUUUCUAAAAUGCAAAUAUUGUUCUAUCUAUUUAAGACUCUCCACAGAUGGUGUUUUCCAGCUUGGCGUGAGAUGCUAUGAAAAUUGCUAGAAAUAUAUCCCAGGGUUUUGUCCCUUCUAUACUACAGCCAAAGAGAGGCUGUUAUGUGCAGUGGUUAAGAAGACUGCAGGGGCUUGAAAGACUGACCCUCUGGAACCAAAUCCUCAUUCUGUCAUUUUCUAAUGACAAGAUAUUGGAAAAGUUGCUUAACUUCUCUAUCUUUUCUCAUCCACAAAAUAGAGACAGUAAUAGCAGCUACUUCACUGGGUUGAUGAGAAGAUUAAAUUAGUUAAUUCAAAUAAAGUAUUUAAAAUAGUGCCUGGCAUAUAACUAAAGUACUUAAUAAAUGUUAGCUAUUAUUGAGACAGCCAGGUGGGACGGGCUCCCUGGCAAAACUCCAACCGGCCUAUGCACUGAGAGGAGUGCACACUGGGAUGGAGCCACAGACAUUCGUGCCAUUUGCAGCAGGGAGGAGCCUGGCCUCUCCUCUUCUUGGGUGGAACCUGGAAUUCAAUCUGUGAGGUGGGAUUCCUACACUAGCAGGAACUCUGGCCUUGCAGAGAGUCCCUGUUACCUCUUUUUUCCUUUUUGCCCAAUAAAUCCUGUUAUUCUCACCCUUCAAA